AUGGCACAGGGCAUAGCGCCGCUGGCCCCAGGACUCACGUCCUUUCUCAAAUCACUAAAGACCACCCCCGCCGACCCCUCGGUGGAGCACCUCAUAUCCCUUCUCAAGCGACGACAGAUCCGUAACUCCCGACCAUGCGCCAUUGCUACAACAGCCCUCAUGCUCCGAGUGGUGGGCGAGUUCAAAGGACGGGACGCAGCGAAGCUUGUGGAGCGCAUACGCCAGGUCGGCCGGCGACUCACAGCAGCCCAACCGCGUGAGGUGGUUGUAGGCAAUAUCGUACGGCGCGUGCUGGGUCUGGUGCGCGAGGUGCUCGACGACAAUACGGGCGGCGACAGCCAUGCCGGGAGCGACGCCGGUCACCACUCGCCAGCGCAACACGACUCCAUGACCCGACCAACCCUCUCUUCCAGCAUAUCGACCUUCAGUCCCCUCAGGCAUGCAGCGGCAGAGCCCAUGGAUGCGAGCAUGACGUCCGAUAUGUCUGACUCCUCUGAAAUGUCUAGGAGACCACCGCUCCUCACCUCCCAUACCUCAUAUGCUCCUACUUCGGCCGCGCCUUUGGUCAACUCUCUCUUCGGCUUGUUCUCGCAGCCUGAAGAUUCCAAUGCCAGCACACCAACAGGUGCAACAUCCCCUGAUGGAAAGACUGCAAAUAGCCUGAAUCUAGAACGAUUGGCAGACCUUAGCAGAAGUACGAACAUCGAUUUGAAGAGUGAAGUCAUGGAUGGCAUUCGGGAGCUGCAAGACGAGCUAGAGCAGUCGGACGAGCAAAUCGCCGGUGUUGCGCUGGAACACAUCCAUUCGAACGAGAUCAUACUCACACAUACUGCGUCAACGACCGUUCAAAAGUUUUUGCUCAGUGCCGCGAAGAAGCGCAAGUUUACUGUUGUCCACGCCGAGACGUACCCGCACGACAACACCGCAACACACGGGAUAUUACUUACAGGCCGAAAGCGAGAAACGCGACUGGAUGAGGAUGAAGAUCCAUGGAAGCCUCUCACGGCUACUGGCAUACCAGUUUACGUUAUCCCAGACUCCCACGUUUUCGCCAUCAUGUCCCGCGUCAACAAGGUCAUCUUGGCGACGCAUACCGUCCUAGCUAAUGGCGGUCUCGUCGCAGCCGCGGGUGCCCACAUGAUUGCAAAGGCUGCCAAGGAGCAUCAAACGCCUGUGGUCGUCUUGAGCGGCGUCUACAAGUUAAGCCCCGUAUAUCCCUUCGACAUAGAUGAGCUCAUCGAAUAUGGGGAUGCUGGAAGAGUUGUGCCAUAUGAGGACGGCGAAUUCGUAGACAAGGUCGACGUAGAGCACCCGCUGUAUGACUACGUCCCGGCAGACCUCGUCAACCUUUACAUUACUAACCUCGGCGGACAUGCGCCCUCGUACCUUUACCGGAUCGUCGCAGACCAUUACCGUACGGAAGACAUCACCCUAUGA